UUAAAAACCUUAAAACAUGAGACAAGUUCUGAAAUUUAGUUUAGUUUUGCUGAUCGCUUUUGUCUUAGUAAAAGCUCAAAAAGAACCACAUUUUGUUGAUAAUCGUACAACUAUAGUGCAUUUGUUUGAAUGGACCUGGUCAGAUAUAGCCAAGGAGUGUGAGGAUUUCUUAGGUCCUCAAGGUUAUGGAGGAGUUCAGAUUUCUCCCCCCAAUGAGGUCAGCGAUAUAGAGGGUGGUCCAUGGUGGGCACGCUAUCAACCUGUAUCCUAUAUACUCAUCUCUAGAUCUGGUGAUGAUACUGAUUUAGCUGAUAUGAUUAAACGCUGUAACAAUGUGGGUGUUCGUAUAUAUGUGGAUAUUGUAGUUAAUCAUAUGACCGGCUAUAGAGAAGGUGAAACUUAUGGUACAGCCGGUUCUUCGGCCAAUUACCUUGAAAGUAGUUAUCCUGCUGUACCUUAUGACAAAGAACACUUUCAUGCUCCUUGUGAUAUACAAGAUUAUCAAAAUGCCGAACAAGUUAGAAAUUGUCAAUUGGUCACUUUAAUUGAUUUGGAUCAAAGUGUACCGCAUGUGAGGGAAAUGAUUGUGAAUUAUUUGAAUAAGUUGAUUGAUAUGGGUGUGGCUGGUUUUCGUAUGGAUGCUGCUAAGCAUAUGUGGCCUGAGGAUUUGGAAGCUAUUUAUGGAGAUUUGAAUGAUUUAAAUGAAGAAUUUGGCUUUGGAGCAAAUUCAAGACCCUAUAUCUAUCAAGAGGUCAUUGAUUUGGGUGGAGAAGCUGUCAAAAAAACCGAAUACAAUCACAUGGGCGCUGUUACCGAAUUCAAAUUCUCCAAUGAAAUUGGUCGCCUGUUCCGCAAUAAAAAUUCUUUGAAAUAUCUAAGAAACUGGGGUCCUGAAUGGAGUAUGUUGCCUUCUGAAGAUGCUAUAGUAUUUGUCGACAAUCAUGAUAACCAAAGAGGACAUGGAGCCGGCGGUGCUGAUAUUUUAACCUAUAAAGAACCUGAACUUUAUAAACUAGCAGUGACGUUUAUGUUGGCACAUCCUUAUGGUAAAGUUACAAGGAUAAUGAGUUCUUAUGAUUUCACCGAUACCGAUCAGGGACCACCAAUAACUGAGGAUGGUGAGAUAAGAGCUCCUGAAUAUUUGGAAAAUCAAUUAUGUGAUACUGGCAAAGUGGGUUGGGUGUGUGAACAUCGUUGGCCGGAAAUUCAUCAAAUGGUUAAAUUCCGUAAUGUGGUAGGUAAAGAGCCUUUAGAGAACUGGUGGGAGAAUGGAGAAAAUCAAAUUGCCUUUUCACGUGGCAAUUUGGGAUUUGUGGCUUUUAAUUUGGAAGCUGAUAUGGAGCUUAAAGCUCUAAUACAAACUGGUUUGCCACGUGGUAGUUAUUGUGAUAUUUUAUCAGGCGCUAAACAAAAUAAUCGUUGUACUGGUCUGAUGGUGGAUGUCAAUGAACAGGGAUUGGCUGUGAUUGAUUUACCGCAAGGACAUCAGGCUUUAGCAAUUUAUAUUGAUUCAAAAUUGGAUUGGGAAGCAAAUUAUUUUUAAAGGCUUUUAAACAACCAGUGUGAACGCUUUCAAGUUUUUGUUUAUAUUAAUUUUGUUAUUGUUGUUGUCUUAUUAAAUUAAAUAAAAAUUCUUAUCAGUUGUUGGUAUUUCAGUUUAAAUUGAA